AUAUUUAGGUUUUAGCUUCUUGGAAUUUUGCGGAAAAUAUAACAUAUGUAGAGCGCGCAAUGGAGUUCAGCGCGGAUCUAAAUGGCUUUGACGAGGACUUCAUUGAGCCAUGCAGGACAUGCGGGAUUUAUUUCACCAUGGGCUUGGACAUGGAUCAAGCGAUUGUUAAACCAAUAUUUGGCUUGAAUGACGCCGUUGGAACCAUGGCAGAGAUUCUCGAGCAGCUGAGUGCCUGGAACAUUCAGGUGGUACGGGAGGACGGACGACCGCAGUACAUGUGCAUUGCCUGCAUCGCCGAAUUCCGCCGGCUGCUCAAGUUCAAGCACAGCUGCGUGGAAACGCAGGAACAGUUUAGCGAGCUGGAGUACCAGCGCGAGCACAAUGGCAUCGUGAUUAAGCGGGAAAUCGAGCCGCAGGAGGAGAAGUUCUGCGGAUUCAUAUAUCUGGACACGGACGAGGAGGAAAUCAGCGACGAGGAUGGCAGCCGUCGCGUAUGCGCCGCCUUCGACAUACCGCACGUGCCCAUCAAGGAGGAGCACAUGGCCCGCGUGCCAGUGCAGAGCGGUGACCACUUCCAGCCACCAGAUCCCAAGGAACUUGUGUCGCAGCCGGUUGAGAGCAGCUUUGACAUGAUCGACAACGAUUCGUUGACCGCUAACAUGUUUGCACCGUCAAGCGAGGAUGCAUCCGGAACGGCCGACGAUGGCGAUACCGAAGAGGAGGAAGACGAACCGAUAAUCCGGUUCACAUACGACGACGAAGCCGAAGGCGUGGCCCCGCCGCCGCCCCCCAUUCUUUCCCCGGUCAUCUCUUGCAAGCUUUGCCUUUAUGAAUCGCCCAACCAGGAUGCGCACUUGGACCACAUGCGCCGCACCCAUCUUCUUAAGGACUGGGAGUGCCAUAUCUGCAGCAAACAGUUCACCAACGCCCAGGAGUCCCGCAUCAAGUUCCACAUUAAGUAUCAUAAGUUGCAGCGGCACAUAAAGUGUCCUGUUUGCGGGUUCAUUUGCAGCUCGAAGGAAACUCUCAAGGAGCACAAGCAGGCAGUGCAUUCGCGUACCAAGUGCACUUAUUGUGACAAGACUAUAAAAAAUAGUAUCCUUCAAGGCCAUUUAAAAAAGCAUUUACGGGAGGGCGAGAUACAGCUGGCUCAGAAACUUAAAUUGUUGGAACAACUACCUUUGGAUAAUUUUUUACCGGAGGCUUUUCCUUCUCCACUGGCCUCGUCCUCUUUCGACCCAGUAACGACUGACGCUCCAGAGCCCUCUUCAGUUAGUGUGCCUUGUGCUCCAACUGCCUCCAAUGUUCCUGAGGACUCUAAUUUUCCAAAGGACUCUACUUUUCAAGAGGACAUUACUACUUUUAAGGACUCUACUGCAGCAAAGGAACCUGCUCUGCCAAAGGCUUUGUCUUCUGCUAAGGACUCUUCCAAUCCAACAGAUACACUUUAUAAGAUGGACGCAACUGCACCAGUAGAUUUGCCUGUUUCAUCCUUGCCAUCCCCUUGUGUCAUUCAGUGCGCUUUCUGCAGCGACAUUUUUGAGGAGGCCCAGCAGCUGCAGGAUCAUGUGCUGGCCACCCACAAAUCCACUAGAAAAAGGCUGCGAUCCCCAGAAGACACAUCACCAAGGAGGGUGUCCAGUCCAAAGUGUCAACCCCCACCCACUCCAAUGGAAACCGACCAGCUAGUCCCAGAAAAAAGCACCGUCGACGAAGAUAGAACCGACCAGCAGAAGAGCAGAACGGAAGUGAGCCCCAAUGGAUGCUCCAAGAGCUCCACUAACGAGCAGGUGCCGAAAAAAUCCUACAUCGCUUGUAAUAUCUGUGGCAGGACCUUCGACUUAAAAAUUAAGCUUAAUCGUCAUCUCAAACAGCACAAGACGUAAACGCUUCGAUUAUGUUCAUAGAGUUUAUAGUGUUUUGCCUCUUUAAAAUUUUCUACUCGUUUUGCUGAGCAGCUCAAACUGAAUUCCAAAGGCUUGUUUAUGAGUAUUAUCCUCAUUUUUUUGACGAUUUGAAUUAGUCUUUUGUUUUUGGCUUCUUGAAUCAAACUAUUAAAAUUUAAGUUAAUUUCAGUUUCUUAGUUUACGAGGAAUAUGGUUAUCCAAAUACUCACCAUUGUAAUUUAUGUUCAAUAAAAGUGAAAGAAGUUAGCUGCGUAAAAA